AUGACGACUACGAUAACUGAAACUGGUAAUUCCACCAUCAACGUCAAAUUGGCAUAUGAUACGGUACUGCAUGAGCAGUACAAAUACACUGAGUAUCUUCCGGUGUAUGAUGAGACUACUAAAUUUCCGCCUCUAAAACCUUUUGAAUUUAAUGACAAGGGACUGGUCGCCAACAAAGAGAAACCGAAUCUUUUUGCUGGAGACGCUCCUGGCGUGUCAGCCUCUAAGAUAGCCCCAGUCAUUGGCACAGAAAUUCGCGGCCUCCAGCUCUCUCAACUCAAUAACCAGCAAAAAAAUGAACUUGCGCUGCUCAUUGCAGAAAGAGGCGUCGUGGUCUUCCGUGGCCAGGACUUCAAAGACAUAGGGAUCGAAAAGCAGUUGGAAUUUGCGCGAUAUUUCGGACCGCUUCACAUUCACCCUGUCGGAGCUCAUGUCAAGGAUCACCUUGAAUUCCACAACAUCUAUCUGGGACCUGAUAAUGAAUAUCGGAACCAGAGAAAAUUAGAAAGACUCAACACUAUUGGAUUCCACUCGGAUGUCUCCUACGAACACCAACCUCCCGGAAUUACCCUCUUGGCUCUUCUGUCAGUGCCGGAAACCGGCGGCGAUACAACAUGGGCAAGCCAGACAGCGGCCUACUCCCGCCUUUCCACGCCUAUCAAGACACUGUUGGAGGGCCUUAAAGCUGAGCACAGCGGGUUUCCCCAGGCGGAAAACGCCCGGCGAGAUGGCAAACAUGUUCGUCGGGAGCCGGUAAAGUCUGAGCACCCGAUUGUGAGAAUCCAUCCAGCAACGGGGCAGAAAGCUCUGUAUAUCAAUCCAGGGUUCACAAAGAGAAUCAUUGGGCUCAAAGCUGAGGAGUCUGACGCUCUCCUUGACCUGCUUUUCAAGCAUAUCGCGGCAGGCCAAGACUUCCAGGCCCGAGUGAAAUGGGAGGAAGGGACGGUUGCUCUCUGGGACAACCGUGUGACUGCGCAUACAGCUAUAAAUGAUUACAACGUGCACAAUCCACAGGAAGGACUCCGACAUGGUAUUCGCUUGACCACAUUGGCUGACAAGCCUAGGGGAGUGUACGGAUUGGAAUCGUCCUGGUGA